GUCACGGACGGCAAACUAGUUUAAGCUGGUCGCGGUUGUUUUAUUGAGUAAAAUAAUAUAAAACGUUUAAUUUAACCAGUUUAUUGCAUGAACAGUUCUCCACAGUAUUAUUCGCAUCAUAUAAUGUUAUCUGAAGUUUUAGUGCAGUGACUAAGGUUUAAUCUGGAAUUUUAUUUUAAAACUAUCACAGUGAACCUAAAUCUACCCGAAUCGGCAGGAAAAAACAAAAAAAUACGUAAAUAAAUAACUAUAAAUACUUGGAGUGAGUGAUUCGUGAGCGCGCGCCCUAAGUUUCGAUCGCUGUGCGCAUCUUAUGGUGUUUACAAUCACACUAACACCAUAUUAUUAUAUAAUAGUACACUUUUGCAAGACUAUAAGCACAGCGCCAUCUAGUGAUACUCCUUAAUACGUCUUAGUGCAAUCGAUAACCAUGCCGUCAAUUAGAUGUGGCGGCUGCGCUAAGUUCUUGUCACCGGCAGAGGGCGUUAAAUGCAGUAUAUGCAAUGCUGCGUACCAUCGGUCGUGUGUAGGUUUGCCGAGAGGUACGUCAAUCACGUCGUGGCGCUGCCCUGAAUGCACCAAAAAUGACCGGCGGGAUAACAAAGCGGAAACACCGGUGCGUGGGAGGGCAGAUAUGGGACACAGCUCUGAUGACCUAAUGAGCCCGGGAACAGUAGGCCAUGCUGAGAAUGAUAUGGUGGCAUCACUCUCUCCUGCCGUGGCAACGGAGCUGCGACGAUUUAAGGAGGAACUGUGUGCUGAAUUUCGCUUAAUGCGGCAUGAAGUACUGCAAUUGCGUACAGAGAUGGCCGAGCUGAAGGAUUCUCUUAAAGGAUGUGCUGAGCAUAUGAACAGCCUAGAAGCAAGGGUGGAUGCUUUAGAGCACAAAUUAAGCGAAAAGGCAUCUGACAAGAGUCCAUUGGAAGGUGUCGUAGCUGAGCUAAAAUCUCAAUUAAAUGAGCGGGAUCAGGAGCUCUUACUUAAUGAUGUCGAGGUGACCGGAAUACCAGAAAGCCAAGAAGAAAGCACCCUGCACCUUGUAAAGGUUCUCUCCAAUAAACUGGGCGUCGCUAUUGAUGAGAAAGACAUCGUACAUGUCGAGCGCAUCGGUUCUACUCGACGUAACCGGGAGGAACCUUCUGAAGGAACUUUCAAUCCCGCUGCGCAGCGCCCACGGAGUUUAGUCGUUCGCUUUGCGCGCCGCGCGACUCGCGAUGCAUUACUGCGAGAGGCACGUGUGCGCCGCGGCUUUAAUACGAGCGAGCUUGGCUUUGGCGGUCCGUCGAGACCGGCGCACCGAGUCUACAUAAAUGAGCGCUUAACUCGUACGAACCGUCACAUAUUUUACAAGGCCCGUCAAGCCGGUAGUACUCACAACUGGCGGUACGUGUGGACCAAAGGGGGCAGGGUGUUCGCUCGUAAGGAGGAUGGCCGUAAAGUUGAACGUAUCACUUGUGAAGAUGACAUAAGUCGAAUUUUUGGAUAGCACUCAGUUGGUCCUGCCGAUAUCUAAAGGACAGUAUAUGUGAUUGUUUAAUUUUAUCAUUAUUUGCAUUUUAUCUUAUGGCUUUGUGUAGACAUCUAGAUCAAACUGCUAAUAUUACUAGUUUUUCAA